CGAUUCAGUUUUGAUUAGCCGUUUUUUAUGUGUUUUUGAUCAAUUUUUAGUAUAGAACGAAUAGUUUUAUAAAAAUUAAAAGUUAUUAUGAUGCGCAGUACAACAAAUCAGUGAUUAAAAUCAGAGUACCUGUAUUGUAAUCAUAGUGCUAGAGCCUAGAGUUGAAUCUAUGUACACAGUGUCAAAAAACUAUUCCGCAUUUUAAUUCAGUAGGUACUCCAGUGUGUAAGUGAUAAUGCCAGACAUAAAGAUAACGCCACUCGGGGCAGGCCAGGAUGUCGGCAGAAGCUGCAUUUUGCUCUCGAUGGGAGGGAAGAACAUAAUGUUGGACUGCGGCAUGCACAUGGGUUACAACGACGAAAGACGAUUUCCGGACUUUUCGUACAUUGUCCCCGAAGGUCCCAUCACAAGUCAAAUAGAUUGCGUCAUUAUUUCACACUUCCAUCUCGAUCAUUGCGGCGCUUUGCCGUACAUGUCCGAAAUGGUGGGAUAUACCGGGCCUAUCUACAUGACGCAUCCUACAAAGGCGAUAGCGCCGAUUCUACUCGAAGACAUGAGGAAAGUCGCCGUCGAGAGGAAGGGGGAGUCCAACUUUUUCACAUCACAGAUGAUCAAGGAUUGCAUAAAAAAAGUCACAGCGGUCACAUUGCAUCAGUCUGUAAUGGUUGAUAAUGAAUUAGAGAUUAAGGCAUACUACGCUGGGCAUGUUUUGGGAGCUGCCAUGUUUUGGAUAAGAGUUGGCUCCCAAUCGGUCGUGUACACAGGAGAUUAUAACAUGACUCCCGACAGGCACUUGGGGGCUGCAUGGAUUGAUAAAUGUAGACCGGAUUUGUUAAUCUCAGAGUCUACAUACGCUACUACUAUAAGAGAUUCCAAAAGAUGCAGAGAGAGGGACUUUCUAAAGAAAGUUCAUGAAUGUGUUGAGAAGGGUGGAAAGGUUUUGAUUCCAGUUUUUGCCUUAGGUAGAGCACAGGAGCUGUGCAUUCUAUUAGAAACAUACUGGGAACGCAUGAACUUAAAGUACCCUGUUUACUUUGCCCUUGGUCUGACUGAAAAAGCAAAUAACUACUACAAAAUGUUUAUCACAUGGACCAAUCAGAAGAUACGUAAAACUUUUGUACAGAGGAACAUGUUUGAUUUUAAACACAUUAAGCCAUUUGACAAAUCCUACAUAGACAAUCCGGGGGCAAUGGUAGUUUUUGCUACACCGGGCAUGUUGCAUGCCGGUCUCUCUCUCAACAUAUUCAAAAAGUGGGCACCCUACGAACAGAACAUGCUAAUCAUGCCCGGAUUUUGUGUCCAAGGCACAGUAGGCCACAAAAUUUUAAAUGGAGCAAAGAAAGUGGAGUUUGAGAAUAGACAAGUUGUUGAAGUUAAAAUGGCAGUAGAAUAUAUGUCAUUCUCGGCCCAUGCUGAUGCUAAGGGCAUCAUGCAGUUGAUACAAUACUGUGAACCAAAGAAUGUGUUGCUUGUGCAUGGUGAGGCGGCCAAAAUGGAGUUCUUGAAGGAGAAAAUUGAACAAGAGUUCAAAAUAAGCUGCUUUAUGCCAGCCAAUGGGGAAACCUGCACAAUAAACACACCUACAAAAAUUCCAAUAGAUGUCUCUUUAAGGUUGUUAAAAGCAGAGGCUGUUAGAUACAACGCCCAACCACCGGAUCCAAAACGGAGAAGAGUGGUCCACGGGGUCCUUUGCGUUAGAGAAAAUAGACUCUCAUUCUUAGAUAUAGAUGAAAUCUGUGAUGAAAUAGGUAUAAAUAGGCAUGUCGUUCGUUUUACUAGCACAGUGCGUUUUGAUGAUCCAGGGCCAGCUGUGAAGACUGCUGAAAAGCUGAAGAAUCUUCUGGCUGAGAAGAUGCAGGGUUGGUCCAUCACCGUUGCCGAUGGUAAUAUAUCAGUGGAAUCUGUUCUCAUUAAAGUAGAAGGGGACGAAGAUAACACAAAGAGCAUCUAUGUGUCGUGGACCAAUCAGGAUGAAGAUUUGGGUAGUUAUAUUUUGGGUUUGCUGCAGUCAAUGGUACAGUAAAAGUGAUUAUUUGUUAACAGUUUAUUUUAAUAAAUAAUAUGUUUAAA